GUAUCGUCGACCGGAGGCCGCGUGUCCGCGUCAGUCGUCACGAGGUGCGCGAGCACGGUGGACGGAUGACCGCCAGAGCCCCGAUCUCACCUGCUCGAUCUGUCAGAUGUGACAGAAGUCACGUGUACUCGAACGCGUCCGUACCUUGCGAAGUAGAAUCCCCGCGCAUGCGCGAAGUGGGUUUUCGCGGUCCCCCGAGUCUCGCGUGAGUCGUGCGUUUCCGUGAUCUCGGAUCGCCCAACGAUGUCCGCGAUCGACCGUGAAUCUAACAAUAAGACGAAAAGAUAACCGAUAUCAAUAGCAGGUGAAAACUGGGCGAGUUAUUCUUUUCCUUAACGCUCGAACGGAUGCGAGCGAAAAUCCGGGAAUUUGAAGUGUGAUUAUGUUUUAGUCCAGGGAGAAAGAAUUGAGUAAUUCACUCGAGAGAAAUGCGUGGCCGAGGAGGGAGGCCGGAAGUCGGAAAAGGUGCCUCUAAAUAAGGUUUAAGGAGAAAGAGAGAGAGAGAAAAAAAGGAAAUAAAAAUCGAGGAGGCUGGGAAUUAAGUAUCUUACUGGAGGAAGGACAGAGAUUUCGGUCUCCUUCCGACUGGAAUAAGAAACCGAUGAAAAUUGAUGCGACUCCUAGUUUACGAAGGGCGACUCGUUGCCGAAAGAGACGUACGAGUGGUAAGUGCAAAGUGUAAUCACGAUCGAUUUGCUGGCUAUCGAGAACUCGAGCGUGGAAAAAUCCACAAGUGCCCCAGGACCUCGGGUAGAGAGCGAUGCAACAAGUUCCUGACUGCCUCUCUCUAUGCGAGAUAUCAGGAGAAGUGUAAUAGUGAACUUUGGUAACCAGAGGAAGAGAAGAUUUUUUUAAUAAGCCCUGGAUGCUAGGUGGGGUCGAUUUGGCCGGAUAUUUUGAAAAUCUGGGAAUCGACUGAGUGUCCGGUAGCAAUGUCGAGACUCGAUGUCAAGGACCGAGCCAGGAUAUCUCCUGGUGCGAUCCUUGGCUCUUCCUGUGCCCACCUCGUAGUGUUCGUCACACUUUUCUUGAGCUCUGUCAGCUCGGAACAUCAUCCCGAGGACUGCUGCCCUCCGGGGACCACGUGGGUCAAAUCGACAAAUUGCUCGGACGGUUCCUCCAUAAGGCUGGAUUGUCCCAUCGGGAUUUUUAAACUCGAUCCCGAGACCUUUCCUUCGGACGAGUUCGUCAUCGCGAAUGCUUCCCUCGUUUUCUCAGAUGGAAGCAGGCCGAUACCGGCACAUCGAUUCUGUUUGGCGCGCUCGGAGGGCAAAGCCGAGGUGGCGGCGCUGGUCUGCUUCAGCGAGGCCGCCCCGGAGAUGUCGACCUGGAGGCAAACCGUCUUCACCGUUCUGAGCGUCUUCUCGGCCUUUUUCCUGAUAGUCACCCUAGUGGUCUAUUUCCUCCUGCCCGAGCUCAGAGACGUCCAGGACAAGUCUAUGAUGUCCGCGAUAGCAUCCUUGACCGUGGGCUACCUGACUCUCGCCAUGCAACAAGGCUUCCUGACCGACGAGCUCUGCGUGCCCCUGGCCUUCGUCAUGUACUUCGGGUUCCUGGCGUCCUUCUUCUGGAUGAACCUCGUGGCCUUCAACGUCUGGCGAUCGGUCUCGUGCAAGAACUUCCUGGCGAAGGAGAGCACGCGGUUCGCGACGUUCUGCGCGAUCGGAUGGGGUGCGCCGACCUGUUUCCUCGUGGCUGCCCUGAUUACUCAUCACAUGGACGAUCACCGCCUAAAACCGGGCUUCGGGGAGUCGUCGUGCUGGUUCGGUGGUAACGAGGCGACCUGGAUGUACUUCUACGGGCCCAUCGCCGUUCUCCUGGGGAUGAACAUCGUCUAUUUAGGUUCCACCUGCUGGAAGCUCUGGCACCAGUACAAGGACUGUAGCGGAAGUGGCAUCAGGAUUCUGCGAAUAAAGUGCCUCCUCUAUCUCAAGCUCGUCUUCGUCAUGGGCAUCACUUGGGUCUUCGAGGUGCUCUCUUUCGCCACGGGCAGGGUCAACGAGAUUUAUUGGAUCUCGAUGGACAUCCUGAACGGGUCUCAAGGCUUCAUCAUUUUCCUCCUCCUGGUGCCGUUCAGGAAGCGAGUCCGGAAGCUGCUGGCGCGGAAAAAGCCUUGCGGAAUUGGCUUUCCAAAAUCAUGGGCGGCCUGCGAGGACGUCGAAUGCGAAACCGUAUUGCCAGAAGAGGCGGUAGAGCUCUCUCGUUCGGCAUGAUUCCUCUGCGAAUGGACAGAAGUUCGGAUUCUUCUCAAUUCCGUCGGAUUCUACCGGUCCCCGGUUUCGUGACGCACAUCGACCCUUUGCGAUCGGCAAAUUUCUCCGAUGGGAGUACCAGCUAGUCGGAGGAAAUUUAGCACAUGACGCACAUCUCCACGGCCCAAAAAAAAGAAUACCCUCCACCACUUGACGGAUUAAUGACAUCAUGCCGCCACUAUGGCGGCAUCGAUCGCAAAGGGUUAAGGGAAUGCCUGCGAAUGCGAAUCCCUUGUUUUCGAUCUUCUCUCUACUCCUUUACUUUGGACAACCAAUGACGGCGAUUUUCCAAGGACCGCCACGGAAAACCACCUUUUCCCUUGCUUCACACAUUGCCUCUCGAUUUCGCAGCAAGAUAAAUCUAAACCGAUUUACAUUUUUCCCCCGAAAUGUAUCCCUCACUAUCCUUCCCAUUCAAGAUGUAUAUGUGUACUUCUAAUUUAAAUUUAAUCAAGAUGUAUAUGUGUUCUUCUAAUUUAAAUUUAAUCCAUAUUUCGAGUUAAAUAUUUUCUUAAUGCCGUUCGCAUAUGCGUAGAUAGUAUAUUAUUCUCAUAUUAUAGUCACGGUCGUUCUAUGUAUCAAAACGUCAGAGUAUUUAUAUAACUUUUCUCCAAGCUGGGUGCACCGAUUCAUUCGAAACUUCGACACGUGAUCAUAAAGGCCCCAAGGAAGUACGUGAUGCUCCUGAGAUUUCAUUAAAAAAAAGAAAAAUCUCUUUAGACUAGAACCAAGAUCAGACUUUUUUGUGAAAAAUGAAACUUCACGAGCAUCGCGUGCUUCCUCAGGGCCUUUGGUCUUGAGAAAGGUUUUAUAAAUAUUUUAACAUUGUGACAUAUACAGAGUGACCCCUUAAUAUCACCUUAACGAACAUCGACAUCAUUUUCAUUUCAUCGUGAAUUUUCCUGAAAAUAAGCAGUAAAAUUAGACACGUCGCCGUGACUUUAAUACCAGUACAACAUGAAGAUGCGCAAGAAGCGCAUCCCCGCGAUGUAAAAUUGCGAUAUGAAGUCAAUAUGAGAUAAAUCCGUCUACCCGGAUAGAUCCUACGUCCGUAUCGGCCUUAAAUGGAUUCUACGUGCGAAAGUGCGCAUCGAUUCUCGGACUCGCGGGUCAUUCGAUCUUAGUCUGUCAGGCGCAAGGAAGCCGCAUAUCGAGAGAGCAACAUCUCGGAUUACUUCCCCGCCACGUGGACGUAGACGGCUGCGCAAUUAUCCGGUAGGAAAAGCCGCUUCCCUCCGGCACCCAGCGAACGUGCGCAGAUUCCAAGGCGUAAAGGAACUUUGACCCCCGAGGCGGGACGCGAUCUCCGCGGAACAGAGCGCGCAUCUGUUGGCGCGAGUUUCGAUAAAUCGACCGCGCACGAGUCGAUUGCGCGCGCAACCUCCUAGGCGAGAUAUCGCUAGGGAGUUGCUUAUCGAAUUUCACGCGGCACUUUCGCGGAAUAAUCCUACGCGAGGCAUCGCGUCCGUUAAUCGCGCGAAAUUAUUCCCCGUAUUAACGUAAGAGAUAAGAGAUUAUGAUCUCUUCCUCUUUUUAGACACUCGUAUCGCAGGGACUUUUAUAAUUUAAGUGCAGCGUGCGUCAUUGCGCCUAAAGAGUGGUUCUCGGGAUGGUUCGAUGGGGGAGGAAGAAACGUCAACACCAGUUAUAUAAAUAGUAUAACCUAGAAUAUUAGUUUAGUUCUAUGUACACUAGUGUAUAGACGAUAAGGAUAUGUCAAAUCUUUACGAUUGCGUCUCAAACGAGUUCACGAGUCUCUUUAAUCCACGCAUCGCUCUCCCGGGUAGUUAAUUUUUCUUCUUUUUUUUUUCCCCUCAGAUUAAUCUUAUAAAGAAAUGCUUUAUCGAA